AUGGCCCGCGGCGGUGCAACAGCCCCCUCUUACCGGGACGAUCAAGACGACAGUCAGCCCAAGGGAGACAAAGCCCCCAAGCGACGAUGUGUGCAGUCUGCCUGUGUUCCUUGCCGCAGGCGCAAGUCUAAAUGUGACGGCGGCACGCCCGUCUGCGCAACGUGUACAGCCGUCUAUAAGACACCAUGUCACUACGAUGCUGAGGCCGAAAGUCGCCGCUCCAAGUCCGGCCCUUCAAACCCAUCCACGGCAGGCACGAAACGCGAAGCGUCCGAUGUCACCGCUUCCCUUUCCUCUUCUCAAAACGCUUUCACCGCCGAGUUCAUCCUCAACUACCUCAGAAAGCUCCCAGAGGAGCACGUACAAGACUUUGUCGAGCACCUCCGCAAAGACCCCAACGCUGAGAUUGCCACCCUUGCGGAAACAUGGCACAAGGCCGUGACGCUCCAUCCAAGCACGCCCCUCGAGCACCCCAGCCUGGAAUCUGACCUGAGUCUGCUGCUUGGGAAACCGGCAGUGACUCUGACAGGCGAGAGUCGCCAUUUUGGCCAUUCAGCCAGCCUUGGCCUGGUACCUGAGGAUGAAAACUUCGUUGGCGGGCGAGCACGCACCGAUAACGCACUGACAGGGCGACAGGGGACGACGUGGACGAAUGUGACCAACGAUAUCCAAUUUGUCCAGCAACUGCUCAACUUGUACUUCACGUGGAGCCACUCAUUUUAUGUGCUCUUCAGCCGCGAGUGCUUCUACAAAGACUUCGAGUCUGGACGCGAGAAAUACUGCUCUCCACUUUUGGUCAACGCAAUAUGCGCUUACGCCUGUCACUGGACCGAUGACCCAGUCGGGCGGACAAAUCCAGCAGACUUCCGUACCGCAGGCGACCACUUCUUCACUGAAGCGAGACGGCUACUUUACGAGGAUUACGAGGCCCCGAGCCUCACGACCACACAGGCUUUGUGUAUCAUGGCCAUGCGCGAACCAAGCGCGGGGAGAGACAGCACGGGUUUCGGGUACAUGGGAAGAUGCAUUCGCAUGUGUGUGGAACUCGGCCUGCACCUGAAUCACAAUACAAGUCCUGUACUAAAUCUGACGCCGAGCGAAGUCGAAGUCAGAAAAGUCACGUUUUGGGGCUGCUUCACGGUAGACACUGUGUACUCUGUCUGUAUUGGGCGCAUCUCACAACUCCCUCGAGCCGCGAUAACUCUGGAUAGGCCACUUUUGGAUGAGUCGACGAGCCUUCCGGAAACCGCAAUGGGAGCAUCGCGUAUGCCCCCUCAGGGCAUUACCUCGGGAAUGUUCCUGCAUGAAUUUGCGACACUCUCCGAGUUGAUCAACGAUAACAACUUCAUGUAUUUUGCACCGCGGGAACGCCUUACCAGUACUAAGCUGCAGAAUUGUUACGAGCGAUACCAGGCAUGGUACAAGCAGUUGCCACCAGCGCUGAUUUUGGAGGGUAAAGAACGGCCCGAGCCUCAUGUCUUGGUACUACACAGUAUGCUCUACUUUACAAUAAUAGUGCACCUAUUUCGUCCAUUACUCAAGGUCAACCUGAUACAUUCCGAAGUUAGACCCCGCGAUAUCUGCAUCGACGCAGCCAACACCGUCUCGAGAAUUGUCACAAUAUAUCGCUCACUUUACGACUUUCGUUUCGCUCAUCUUCCAAUACCCCAUGUUCUAUUGUCCGUUUGCAUUGUACACCUGCUAUACUCCAAGGACAACAAGAUAUCGAGACAGAAUCUUGUGGACGGGUUACAAGGUCUGGAGGAUUUACACAAGUGUCACUACUUUGGAGCAAGAUGCUUCCGCAUCAUCCACACGUUAUCACAACACUGGGAUUUGCCCUUCCCAGAGGAACAUCUCAACUCUAAACUCCUUCUGAGACGAAGUUCAGAAGCCCAAGGCAUGAACAGCUCCCCCGCUGACCCCCUGCUUAUUCACACAAACCCCAUUCCGACCGAUACCAGCCACCUAAACUCGAGCAUGUCUAACUCGCCGAGCGGCCAGCAUCCAAACCGCCGAGAAUCACUCUCCCUGUUUGGGCAACCUAACCGCCUCUCCCUCGCGACGCACUCGGCGCCCUCACGACCCAGCAGCGUGGUCUCAGGCGCGCGUCUGCAAUCGCCAGUGGUGAAUCACGCACCCAUGCAAAACUACAAUACCAACAUCCCUUUGACCUCAUACCCAUACUCGCAACCCAUGUCCACAACGCCGUCAACCAACGUCCCUGCAGCCUCUACGACGUCCCCCGUAAGCUCCUCGGCCGCCGAAGCCCUCUUCUGGGCCCCACUUCCCGGGAUGCCAGGCCCCAUCCUGCCGCGCCACAAUUACCAACAAAUCAGCACCAUGGGCCUCGAGUCAGUUUUACAAACAUCGGACAUGGGCGAGCGGUUGCACCGCGAUGGCUUCAAGAUCAAUGAGGACUGGCGGUCUAGUCAUGUGAAUGGGUUUAGUGGCGGGCCGCAAGCUAGCGUGUAUGGAGGUGAUGGUAGUGGUGAUGGUGGCGGUGCUGACAUGGGACCAGGACAUGGACAUGGCGGAUUCGUGCACCGUAGUAGCUAUACGCAGCCGAGUGAGAGUGUGGGUGGGUAUCAACAAGGCGGUCCGGCGGAUGGGAGCGAGUUCGUGUCGGGUUGGUGGCAGGGUGCUAGUUCGGGAAGUGGGGGUAUGAGCUGA